AUGGCGGCCAGUCAGGGCGGCUGCUCGGGGGGCGGCUGCUCGGGGGCCGGGGGCGGCGGCGCCGGGCCUUCGGAGCCCGGGCCGCCCGCCGCCGCCGCCCCCCGCAGCCUGGACCGGGCCCUGGAGGAGGCCGGCAACUCGGGCAUCCUCAGCCUCAGCGGCAGGAAACUCCGAGACUUCCCCGCGGGAGCGGGAGCCGGCUACGACCUCUCGGACACCACCCAGGCCGAUCUCUCCAGGAAUCGCUUCGCUGAAAUUCCUCCUGAUGUUUGGUUAUUUGCACCACUUGAGACUUUGAAUCUGUACCACAAUUGCAUCAAAUCCAUUCCUGAAACCAUCAGAAAUCUGCAGAUGUUAACUUACCUUAAUAUCAGUCGAAAUCUUUUAUCAACACUGCCAAAAUAUCUGUUUGAUCUCCCUCUUAAAGUGUUGGUGGUCAGCAAUAAUAAGCUGGUAUCUAUUCCUGAAGAAAUUGGGAAAUUGAAAGACUUAAUGGAGCUGGAUGUCAGCUGCAAUGAAAUUCAGGUCCUUCCCCAGCAAAUAGGAAAACUACAGUCCCUUAGAGAGCUAAAUAUAAGAAGAAAUAAUAUCCACAUCCUGCCAGACGAAUUAGGAGACCUUCCCUUAAUCAAGCUGGAUUUUUCUUGUAACAAAGUGACCGAAAUUCCCAUUUGUUAUAGGAAACUGCACCAUUUACAAGUCAUCAUUUUGGACAAUAAUCCAAUGCAGAUACCACCAGCACAGAUCUGUUUAAAGGGAAAGGUACACAUAUUUAAGUUCUUAAACAUUCAAGCCUGUUGCAGAAUGGACAAAAAGCCCGACUCCUUGGAUCUUCCAUCCCUGGGCAGGCGGAUGGUCCCCCAGCCACUGACUGACAGUAUGGAAGAUUUUUAUCCAAAUAAAAAUCAUGGCCCCGAUUCUGGUAUUGGCAGUGACAAUGGCGAUAAACGAUUAUCUACAACUGAACCUUCAGAUGAUGACACCAUCAGUCUCCACUCCCAAGUGUCAGAAUCAACCCGAGACCAGAUACAAAGAAAUGACAAUCAUUUGUUAGGGAAUAAAUUUGAAUCUCAUAAAGACCAGGAGUGUUUGGAUUAUCCAGACCCCAACCCAGAAGACUCAGCAGCAGCAAUAGCAGCAGCAGCCGCUGCCACUGAGCGGGGAGACGGGCCUGCGGGCCCCUUCGUCCCCUUCCUAAAGGGGAGAGAAAAUCACCUUGAAAAAGCCCAGAGGAAUGAGGAAUGGGGAGAGGAGAAGCGGCUUGAGAGACAGCAGCUCGAAGAAGAGGAGGAAGAGGAGGAGGAGGAGGAAGAGGAGGAGGACCUGAAGGCAGUGACUGACCUGAGGAAAAUUGCUGCUCAGCUCCUGCAGAAAGAGCAGAAGAACAGACGGAGACCCCUAAGUUAUAGAACGUCCUUCAGUGAAAAACUUCUCCAGAGGACGAGAGCGGCCGGACGUGCCAGCAGGUUUCUGAACCACUCUCCCUCGGCAAGCACAAGGAACAGGCCAAAGCCAUGCAUGGACAUGGAGAAAAGCGCCUCAGCUGACGAAGCCAGCUCUCCGCCAUCACCUUUCGCCUGGCAGCCCUUAGAAAACCAGAAGGGCCAAGUGGACGAGCGGCGUUGGCCCGAGACGCAGCCCGUGGCUUGGCAGAGCGAAGAGAGGAGGCGAAGCAAGCAGAUGCGCAAGGACUAUUUCAAGUACAAGGCCUCAAGGAAGAGCUCGAGUGGACAUGAAGGCCAGGAGGAUUUUGAGAGGACAGAGACGUAUUCACACGGUCCGUUUGGCUUGAAGCCCAGACCAGCAUUCAGCCGCACGUCACGCCAGGAGUACGGGGCGGCGGACCCGGGGUUCACCAUGAGAAGGAAGAUGGAGCAUCUGCGAGAGGAACGGGAGCAGAUAAGACAGCUGCGGUCGAACCUGGAGUCGAGGUUAAAGGUCAUUUUGCCGGACGACAUUGGAGCUGCACUUAUGGAUGGUGUGAUCCUGUGCCACCUGGCUAAUCACAUCAGGCCGCGUUCCGUGGCCAGCAUCCACGCCCCGUCGCCAGCUGCACCAAAACUCAGCAUGGCCAAGUGCCGAAGAAACGUGGAAAACUUCCUUGAUGCUUGCAAGAAGUUGGGGGUGUCACAGGAGAGGCUUUGCCUGCCUCACCACAUCCUGGAAGAACGGGGUCUGGUCAAAGUGAGCACCACGGUCCAGGCCCUCCUGGAGCUUCCACCGGUGCAGGCAUCGCCCCUCUCCGCCGUGUGACCCAGCCGUCGGCGGCCUGGGAGAGGGGGUCAGCAGACAGCGAGCGAGCAGCCGGGGCCCUGCCAACCGGGCCUGUGCCUGAGGACGGCCGGUCCGCUUGGGGUUUACGGAACAAGUAUUCCCUCGACUUUGCCAAGCGGAAGGGGUUUCGAACACCAGUAGGCUGGUCCACCCAAAACCGGCACCGUGAUUGGAAGAUGUUCUUGUUCGACACCCAGCAAACUGGGAAACCACCUGGGCCGAUUCCCCCACCUUGGCCGAGUUGCAACGGUCUGUUUGCAUUCCCUGUUGUCCUCUGAACCCGGGAGUUUUCCCACCUCUGCCUCACCUGAGCAGACUUGGGAUCAGUGGGAGUUGGUACUCUGGGCAAUGGAUUCUAGAAACAGGACUGGUUUUCAUUUUGACUUAGUCGUCUAGGUUGGUGCCAAAAUACCUUCAUCUGUACUGUAGAUGGUUUGACAUGUGAAGUGCCUGUGCCAUUGAUGACUCCUGCCGUCCUGACCAUUUGGGCGAUUUCUUUAGGUAGGUAGGUAUAGGGUCGGUAGAAAUUUUGCCAUAUUUCAUUAGUUUGGUGUACGGUGAGUGAGGCUUAGAGUUGAGGGAGUGCCUCAUGUUUUGAUGUCGGGUGUGUUUGAGUUGCACAGUUUCAGUUCCAAGCCAAUGGUUAUGUUGUCUUUUUGAGAAAAAUUACUGUAAAUAGACUUUAUGCUAUUUAAGUUUCUAAUACUUAAACAUCUUUUUUAACCUAUCGAUUAAUGUUUGACUAGCAGCGGACCUCCCUUUUGGGGAUAAAAACAUAGCACACAAGGCAUGUAGUGCAGGAGCCGGUGCUGUCCCGUUUGUCAAGGACGUUUUGAUAAAACAGCCGAAAUCUCAGGUUUCUUUUGACUUACAGGACUGUCACCACUUCAUCCCUGACUUGGGGCCCAUCCCCUAGUAGCCGGGACCCCUGCCGGGCAUCGCAGCCUGGGACACGGCUGCCAGGGGCUGUGCUUACUGAGUCUCUGGGGCUUCCUGGCACCAGCCCCUAACUUUGUCAGGCAGUUGUGUGACCGCUGGGGCACCCGCCCUGGCCACCUGUAGGGCCCAUGGUGGGCUUGAUCUGUCCCCACCCGGCAAGCUUGGGACCGAGCUGGGUGGCUGGCUUCCCAGCAGCAUCGACCAUUUCCAGCCAGAAAGUGGCCUGCUCCAAUGCCUAUGCAGAGAUCAUGUGGGAACAUGUGGGUCCCGCCUCGUCCAAGUAUGACCUGACAUGGGGUCGGAUCUUGACUGUGAAAGGGAGUGUAUAGGCAGAUCCAUCAGUGCCCAACAGGGCUCAACCUCCUUGGCACCCCCAUGACCCAGCUCCUCCAAAGCCUGACCUCCCAAGGCCCCCUCAUCUACCCCACCUGGCAGCCCAGUUCCCCGAAGGCCAGGGGUGAGUGGGAUUGUUUGCCUGGAGUGGGCCGGGCUCAGUGGUGACUUUCCCCAUCACAGUCAUAUGCUUUUUCGAGUAGUUGUUUUCUCCCAGUUCUCCUAGAACACAGGGGUGCCUUCCCACAGACUCCUGAUGCCACAGCCAGCCACCUCUCCGGCCCAACACCCAGGCAGGCUCCUGCUGGCAACCAGACACUCCCUGGGUCAUAGCUCUCGGAGAAGACCAGCCCCGACUCCCACGUCGGUGGGCACCCUGGUGACCCGCAAGCCUCCUGGCACUGAGCUAGGAUGGGGGCUGGGCUGAAUCAGUUAUGGGUUAUUAUAAUUAUUGUAUUUGCUAAGCACUUACUAUGUGGCAU